CAAAGAGUGGUGUACAUUUGUUGGUUAGAAAAAAUCAAGAGGUGUUCCUCUAGGCUGUACAGAAACACAAGCAGAGCAACAGACCAAAUGACCAGGACUCUGCUCUCUCCAUUACCACCUUCUAUAUCCAUCAACACUUCUGUCUUAAACAUCAAAACCCACAGAAACACAUUGGCCAUUAAAAGAAGAGUGACUGUAAAUGCCUCCAACAAUGAAAGCAGCAAAAACAAAGAGUCAGAUGAUCCGCAAGCCUUUAAUCCUUUCGGGUUUGUGACUGAUAAUCCAUCUAGCCGUAGCGCCAUCCAGCUCCCUGAAUCCCCGGCCGAGGAUGGCAAUGUUGGUCAAAUGCUUUAUAGGAUAGAAGACAAGGGCAAGGAGUAUGGUUCUUACGUUAAAUCCGGAAAGUUUACCUGGUUUGUUAGAGAAACUGGAUCGUCUAUGAGCCGUCGAGGAACGAUUGUGUUCCUUCAUGGUGCUCCUACUCAAUCUUUUAGCUACCGGGUUGUGAUGUCUCAGAUGUCCGAUGCUGGGUUUCACUGCUUUGCACCUGACUGGAUUGGUUUUGGUUUUAGCGACAAGCCUCAGCCAGGAUAUGGUUUCAAUUACACAGAGGAAGAGUAUCAUGAAGCAUUGGACAAAUUGUUAGAAGUGCUGGAAAUUCAAUCUCCUUUCUUUCUUGUUGUUCAGGGGUUUCUUGUAGGUUCAUAUGGAUUGACUUGGGCACUGAAAAACAACAGUAAGAUAUCAAAGAUUGCCAUUCUAAAUAGUCCAGUAACAGUUUCAUCUCCUGUUCCUGGACUAUUACAAAAGCUAAGGAUUCCCCUCUUGGGUGAAUUUACAUGUCAAAAUGCUAUUGAGGCUGAACGCUUUAUCGAAGGAGGUAGCCCAUAUGUCCUGAAGCUGGAAAAGGCUGAUGUUUAUCGAUUACCUUAUUUGUCCAGCAGCGGACCAGGAUUUGCUCUUCUUGAGGCUGCAAAGAAGAUUAAAUUUAGAGAUAUUCUAAGCCAAAUAGCUGAUGGCUUUGCCUCAGGAAGAUGGGAUAAACCUGUACUUCUUGCAUGGGGAAUGUCGGAUAAAUAUUUGCCUCAAUCCAUUGCAGAAGAAUUUCAGAAAGCAAAUCCUGAUAAUGUAAAGCUCAAGUUGAUAGAAGGAGCUGGCCAUAUGCCACAAGAGGACUGGCCUGAGAAAGUUGUGGAUGCCUUGAGAGUGUUCUUCUGAAUUUGUUCAAGGACCCUCGCUUGAAAUGUAAAUUAAAUUUACGGUAUCACUUUAAUAUAAUUGAAGUUCCGGCGCUAUCAAAUUGAUGCUAGAGGCAACCAUAUAGUACCACAUGAGCUAAUAACUCCAAGAUGUUCAAUUGCACUCUCCAUAUGUCCUGCAGAUUUUGAGCAGAGCAGAGAAGACAUGAAAAGUAGAAAACAAAAGAGAAUGUACAUUGUACCAUCACAUCAGAAUUUUCUUUCUUAAUUAUAUGUAAAUCAGGGAAGGCAUUUAAGCUUAUGAUUAUGCAUAUUCAUCCUUUUAUUUAUUCAAUACAUGCUCAAACUGAAAA